CUCACCACUGUCUUGUUUAUGUUAGUGUUGUGCAUGGAAAAACAGACAGCACAGAAUUUCAAGGGGACUUGAUCGGUCUAGUGAGAGUUUCAUCCCUACAACUUUGUUCUUGCGUCACACGAGGCCCAGCAAAUAUUUCCGAGGAUCAAACUGCGCUUUUAAACUACAGUGAGGACUUAAAAUAUGGAUAUUUUCAAGCAACAGAAAGUUGAAGAUUUCUAUGAAAUUGGGGAAGAGUUGGGAAGUGGACAGUUUGCCAUUGUAAAGCAAUGCAGAGAGAAAAAUACAGGACAGGAAUUUGCUGCGAAAUUCAUCAAAAAGCGGCAAAGUAUCGCCAGCUCUCGGGGAGUUCGGCUGGAGGAGAUCCAACGUGAGGUGCACAUUCUACAGCAGAUUCAGCACCAAAAUAUUGUCACUCUACAUGAUGUCUACGAGAAUCGCACUGAUGUGGUUCUCAUUCUGGAGUUGGUAUCAGGGGGUGAGCUGUUUGACUUCUUGGCCCAGAAAGAGUCUCUAAGCGAGGACGAAGCAACCCAGUUCAUCAAGCAAAUCCUUGAGGGGGUGAACUACCUCCACUCCAGAAAAAUAGCCCAUUUUGACCUCAAGCCUGAAAACAUAAUGCUGCUUGAUAAGAAUGUACCAUUGCCAAGGAUUAAACUCAUUGAUUUUGGUCUUGCCCACAAAAUUGAAACUGGAGUGGAGUUCAAAAACAUCUUUGGAACACCUGAGUUUGUUGCACCUGAGAUUGUCAACUAUGAGCCAUUGGGUUUAGAAGCAGACAUGUGGAGCAUUGGAGUCAUAACCUACAUCCUAUUAAGUGGUGCUUCUCCUUUCCUCGGGGAGACUAAACAGGACACACUGAAGAACAUUUCAGCCAUAAACUAUGAGUUUGAUGAGGAGUUCUUCUACAAUACCAGUGAACUUGCCAAAGAUUUUAUCAGUCACUUGCUGGAGAGGGACAAAAAGAAAAGACUGACAAUUCAAGACACUCUUAAUCACCCAUGGAUCAAGUCUAAUGAGCGCAAGGAGGAAAAUAAAGGCCAAGAGCUGCAGAAACGAGAAAGGCGCCAGCUCAAGACCAAGCGUCUGAGGGAGUACACCAUUAAGUGCCACUCAAGCAUGCCACCUAACAACACCUACAUAAACUUUGAGCGGUUUGCCAUGGUGGUGGAGGACAUUGAUCAAAUGGAAUGCUCGUUCCUGACCUUGACCGCAUCCCAUGAUUCUCUGCAAGAAGAUAUUGAUGCCAUGGUCUCAAUAUACAAUGAGAAAGAGGCCUGGUACAAGGAACAGAGUGAAGGAGUGCGCCAUGAGCUCUCGCAAAUCCGCUACGAGUUCCGUAAGGUGGAGUCCUUGAAGAAAAAUCUCAAAGACGAAAUGCAAUCUUUUAGCUCCAGCCUCAGUGGCAUCAGCAGCCGCUACCAGGAACGACAGAACCACUUUGAUGCGCUCAAACAAGAACUCUGUAAUGAGCUGAUGUGGUUGCAGGAGGUAAUGGGUUCAUCCCCCAACGAUGCGGGUGGUGGUUACCACAAUGGAAACCUUACCACCGUCUUCAAUAACGAGGUGAAUGAAGCCCUGAAAGAAUUGCUGAACCGCUCAUGUGGAGGGGAGUUGCUGUCUGGGAUUGAUCUGGAUUUAACUGAAACCGGACAACAAAGAUAGAUGAGCAUUAUUUUGAGUUUCUGUAUGAAUGUUCAAUAAAUGUAUGGUGGUAUGCUGUAAUUCCUGCAUUUGCAAACUGAAUACGAACUCUUCCAAAUACUGUAAGAAAAUAAAUGUCUCUGUACUUAAUCACCAUUACAUUUUGGUUUCUGUAGUUGAAACUUGCUUUUCUCCACUUAUUUUUGGCAGCCCCUCAACCUGGCAUGACAGGAAUAU